GACCGCUGCGAGCAGGCCUUGCUGCAGAUUGGGAUCAACAUGAUGGCGCUGCCUGGAGGUCGCCACCUGGACUCCAUCACCCUGCCGGGUCAGCGACUGCACCUGAUGCAGGUGGACUCAGUCCAGCGCUGGAUGGAAGAUCUGAAGCUCAUGACUGAGUGCGAGUGCAUGUGUGUCCUGCAGGCGAAGCCCAUCAGCUUGGAAGAGGAUGCACAGGGUGACCUUAUCCUGGCAGGUGGCCCUGGCCCUGGAGACCCCCUGCAGCUGCUGCUUAAACGGGGUUGGGUCAUCAGCACAGAGCUGCGCAGGAUCGGGCAGAAGCUGGCCCAGGACCGCUGGGCACGGGUGCAUAGCAUGAGCGUGCGUCUGACCUGCCAUGCCCGCUCCAUGGUCAGCGAGUACAGUGCUGUCAGCAGGAACUCCUCGAAGGAAAUGGGCCAGAUUGAGAAACUGCUAAUGGAGAAAUGCUCAGAGCUCUCGGCAGUCACAGAGAGGUGCCUUCAGGUUGAGAAUGAGCAUGUCCUGAAGUCAAUGAAGGCCUGCGUGAGUGAGACCCUGAGCAUGCUGGGCCAGCACUUUGGCCAGCUGCUGGAGCUGGCCCUGACACGGGAGGUUCAGGCACUGGUGAGAAAAAUUGAUGCCUCAGACAAUAUCUACACCACAGAGUCCACCACAGGGAACCUGUUCAGCCUGACCCAGGAGGGGGCUCCCUUGUGCCGCAUCAUAGCCAAGGAGGGUGGGGUCGUAGCACUCUUCAAGAUUUGCCGGCAGGACACUUUCCGGUGCUUGUACCCCCAGGCGCUCCGCACACUGGCCUCCAUCUGCUGCGUGGAAGAGGGUGUCCACCAGCUGGAGAAGGUGGAUGGCGUUCUGUGCUUGGCCGACAUCCUGACUGACGACAGCCACUCAGAGGCCACACGGGCUGAGGCUGCAGCUGUGGUGGCCCAGGUCACCUCCCCACACCUGCCCGUCACCCAGCACCUCAGUAGCUUCAUGGAGAGCAUGGAGGAGAUCGUGACAGCCCUCAUCAAACUGUGCCAAGAGGCCUCAUCAGGGGAAGUCUUCCUGCUGGCCUCUGCGGCCCUUGCCAACAUCACGUUCUUUGAUACAAUGGCCUGCGAGAUGCUCCUGCAGCUGAACGCCAUCCGUGUCCUCCUGGAAGCCUGCAGUGACAAGCAGAGAGUGGACACACCUUACACUCGGGACCAGAUUGUGACCAUCUUGGCAAACAUGUCUGUCCUAGAGCAGUGUGCCUCUGACAUCAUUCAGGAGAAUGGGGUCCAGCUCAUCAUGGGCAUGCUGUCCGAAAAGCCAAGGUCUGGGACCCCUGCUGAGGUGGCAGCCUGUGAGCGAGUCCAGCAGAAAGCUGCAGUGACCCUGGCUCGUCUCAGCCGAGACCCAGAUGUGGCACGGGAGGCUGUGCGGCUCAGCUGCAUGUCCCGUCUCAUCGAGCUCUGCAGAUCCCCAUCAGAAAGGAACAGCAGUGAUGCCGUGCUCGUGGCCUGCCUGGCUGCUCUGCGUAGAUUGGCUGGGGUCUGCCCCGAAGGCCUACAGGACUCUGACUUUCAGCAGUUGGUCCAGCCUCGGCUUGUGGAUUCCUUCUUACUCUGCAGCAACAUGGAGGAGAGUUUUGUGUAGUGGGUGUGGGAGAAGAAAGACAUUUGGCUGUUCUCACGCCCACUCUGAGUACGCACCAGUGAACACACCUGACUACACACAAGCUCUCCUCAUUUAUUUAUACUUAACUUAUUUUUGUGUGAAAUAAAUGGAGGGCGAAAUCUUAGAGCAACAUCAUCAAACAGUCUGUGGUCCUUGGGAAUCUUCUUUGUUUUUUAUUUUUUGACUUCUGUAGCUUUUCAGUUGCAGAUGUUGAAAUUCAUAAUGGCUAAUAUGACAGAUUGUCAUGGGUGAUUCCACUUCAUCUUAUUUUUUCUACUCUCACUAUAUAAUCUUGCCUCAUUUUUUAAAACUUCGGAACCAGAGUAUUUCAACUGCCUAGCAGAGUUUUUUUUUUUUUUUUAAGCUAUAUUUGCUCUUCCCAACAAUCUAACAUGAAUUCCAUAAUUGGGUAGAAUAUAUUGGAAAAAAGUUUCUUUUUCUUCAAUAAAUGGAAUUAUAUAUAUCCCAGAUUUUCUUAUUAAGUUGUGUUUUAAACUAA